UAUUUUGUCUUGAAAAGGCCAUACCGGAUAUGUCUGAUUUUCUGUGUCCCAGAAACCUUAGAGAAGUCCAUAUAGCGUCUUUGAGAUUGGGCUGUAGUCGGGACAAGUAUGGGAAUAACCAGUACCUUUGUUUACCUAACAUCAGGAAGACAGCCCUUGUAGAAUUAUGUCAUAAUGGAAUCAUGGGGAUGAUCGUAAAAGGAAAUUGCUUGGAAACAAACGAGGGCAAAGUAUUUCGAAAGGAUUGCUCUGAAUUUAAUAGUGGAUGUCCAGAAACUGCGUUCAACAGUAAAGAUAUAUACAAAUACCGUGCUUGUCAGGAAAUCAAUACAGAAUUCAACUGUUACUUUGCAGAACCAUCUUGCCCACGUCCGUGAGUUUAUUCAU